UGACAUCGAGAUCAAUUCCAACAACUCUUAGCUACUCUUUCCUUGCUCACUGCUGAGAAUUCUGAGAGUUGAACUCAAGACAUCUGGAAGACACACGGCUUGAGAAAUAUCAGACUAGCUUCAACAGGACAACAUAUUCUGUUCCCCAAAUAAAGGUUCAUUCCCUCUGGGAAAUCAACAUAGAAAGCUUCUAUAACUCUAAGACUGAUAGCCCUUUAAUUUGUUUGCUCUCUACUGAGAAAUCUGCUAUGCUCUUCUGAAAUUGUGAUCGGCCUCUUUCUAGAAAGACAACGAUCGAAACCACAUGGUAAGACUUGCUGUGGGUAAUGGCUUACGGGCUGAUAUUUGGAGAGAAUUUAUCAGAAGAUUUGGAGACAUGCGCAUUUUUGAGUUUUAUGCGGCCACCGAAGGCAACGUUGGAUUUGCUAAUUACAGUGGAAAAAUCGGAGCUGUGGGAAGAAUGAAUUACUUCCACAAGAAAAUAGUACAAUAUGAGCUCAUUAAGUAUGAUGUGGAGAAAGAUGAACCUGUCAGAGAUGAAAAUGGCUACUGCAUAAAAGUUCCUAAAGGUGAAGUGGGACUGCUAGUUUGCAAAAUCACCCAGGUGGCUCCAUUUAGCGGUUACGCGGGAUCAAAGAGCCUGACUGAAAAGAAGAAGCUAAGAAAUGUUUUUCAGAAUGGUGAUGUGUACUUCAACAGCGGAGAUCUCUUAAUGGUUGAUCGUGACAACUUUAUUUAUUUCCAUGAUCGAGUUGGAGAUACAUUCCG